UCGAGGUGAGCACACAUGACCUCGCAGACUGGACAAUAAAAGACUGGCUUUAGCCCAUCUAGUUUCACACAGUUGGUCAUGAUGAGGGGACUGAUCGCAUUCACCGCGCUGUUUGUUGCCGUUCUCGCCAAGGAGACCUUUGAGGGACAUCAGGUGCUUCGGAUUGUCCCAAAGAAUGAGGUCCAGCUGUCUCUUCUUAAGAACCUGGAGGAAAUGAUAGAGUUUGAGCUGGACAUCUGGAAAGGGGUGACUGGUGUGUCUCUCCCUGUAGAUGUCAGAGUUCCCCCUCACACACUGCUGUUUUUCAAGAGUUACCUAGAGAGCCAUGACCUUGAGUAUUCUACCAUGAUUGAAGACAUCCAGGCAAUAGUGGAUGUGGAGAGGGAACAGAUGGAGUCUACUGCUCGCUUCGCUCAGCCAAGGAACACUGACAGCUUCGACUACGGCAACUAUCACACACUCGCCGAGAUCUACAGUUUCCAGGAUAUGCUGGUUGCAGAGAACCCCAACUUUGUCAGCAAGAUAGUGAUCGGUCAGAGCUAUGAGGGCCGUCCUCUUAAUGUGCUCAAGUUCAGCACUGGUGGAAGCAAUCGUCCUGCCAUCUGGAUGGACACUGGAAUCCACUCCAGAGAGUGGGUCACUCAGGCCAGUGCCCUCUGGUUCGCCAAGAAGAUUGUGACAGAUUAUGGAAAAGACCCUGCCCUCACCACCAUCCUGGACAACAUGGACAUCUUCUUGGAGAUUGCAACCAACCCUGAUGGCUACUACUUUACACACACCUCUAACCGUAUGUGGAGAAAGACAAGAAAGCCCAAUCCUGGAUCUACCUGCUAUGGAGUUGAUCCCAACAGGAACUGGAAUUCUGGGUUUGGAGAACCCGGUGCCAGCAGUAACCCCUGCUCAGAGACCUACCGCGGAACCAGUGCUCACUCCGAGUCUGAGGUUAAAUCCAUUGUGGACUUUGUGCAGUCCCAUCGCAACAUCAAGGCCUUCAUCUCCAUCCAUUCCUACUCUCAGAUGCUCUUGUACCCCUACGGCUACACCACAGCUCCUGCAAAGGACCAGGCUGAGCUGCACUCAGUGGCCCAGAAAGCAAUCACCAACCUGGCUUCCCUGUAUGGUACUCGCUACCAAUAUGGCAGCAUCAUCAACGUCAUCUACCAAGCCAGUGGCAACACCGUUGACUGGACGUAUGAGCAGGGCAUCAAGUACUCCUACACCUUUGAGCUGAGGGACACCGGUGCCUAUGGCUUCCUCCUGCCAGCCAAGCAGAUCAUCCCCACAGCUGAGGAGACUUGGCUGGCUCUGAUGGUCAUCAUGGAUCAUACCUACAAGAACCCAUAUUAAUCUACAUGUUUGUAUGUAGACAGGAUGGAUACCAACUGUUGGUUCUUUUUAAGACAAAAACAUGAAUAUCUUAAUGCAAUAAAACAAAAGAAUAUAAAAAUAAAAAAGCAAAACAAAAAACCAAA